CUCCGCGCAGGUACUGGUGUCCGAGAUCCUCCCUGCAGCCGGUCGCUCGGACCCGCCCGGACCUGGGGAAGGGGGAUCCCGAGGACGCUGAAAGCCGUGAGCGCGAGUCUUGCCUGAGCAAAGCGGAGCGGAGGCGCCGGGAGCCCGGGGCUGCCUGGGCACUUGGGAGGCAUGAGUGGCGCUGGGCAGCCGCCCGGCUGCAGGGCCCUGGGGCAGUUCCAGUAGCCACGCAGGAACAUGGCUGCCUUUCAGCAAAAGAUCUUAAAUAUGGUCAAGAGUUUUAGAAGACAAUGGCAUCUAUUUUCAGACUCAGAAAGAACAACUGUGUGUGGAGCAGACUGUAUGCUUAUGGCUUUACAGCUUUCAAUGGCUGAGGUCAAUAAACAGAACUGUGGAGACUUCACAGUAUUGCUAAGUGAUGUGUUGGAAAUGUGGAAAUACUUUCUAUGUGACAAACUGGGAUUAUCAUGUGAAGACAUGGAAGCACCUGUACAUUAUGCUGACAUUAGAAAAGCUUAUGAUACAUUCUUAAAGAGCAGCAAUCUGUUGGAUCUAAUAGAGAUAUGUCAGAAGUGUCAUAUGCUAAUACCUGAAAGUGAAGAGAUCCCUCCAGUUCAGUUGCUGGAAUUCAUAUCUGGAAUACCAAACUUGGUAGAAGAAAAUAGUACUGUUCUUUGUACACCCUCUACACCAGUCACCAGACACAGCCAGGACAAUAUGAAGGUGCUACUGAUGGUGAAGAAGUUUUUUUGUGCAUAUUUAAGCCUGUUGGUGAAUUCUAAGAAUGAUCUGGCGUUGGCUCAUGUUCUAAAUGUUCCUGAAAGAGGGCUUGGAAGAGAAGCUUUCACUGACCUGAAGCACGCUGCACAAGAAAGACAAAUGUCCAUUUUUUUGGUGGCAACAUCUUUCAUCCGAACCAUAGAACUUGGAGGCAAAGGUUAUGCACCUUCACUGUUUGAUCUUUUAGGGACCCAUGUAAAGGGACUUUCAGACUUUGUUAAUUUUAUUGACAAACUGGAAGAAAUUGUCGGUGAAGUCCUGGAUCCAAGAAUUGCAGGGGGGCGAAUUCUAUCAACAGUCAAGAUGCAUUUGAUAAAAGGCCGAAACAGCAGGGAUCCUUUCUGUCAAGCAGCUGAGGAAGUUGUACAUGAUUUGGAUUUAAGGAUUAAAAAUAUUAUCAAUUCUCAACAUGAAGCCAUGACUGCUAGCACCACUGGAAUCAGUCCAGCCCGGCCAAAAUUACAUGCCAUAAAUCAUGGCACGGCAUACUGUGGCAGAGAUACUGUGAAGGCCUUACUAGCUCUUUUGGAUGAAGAAGCUGUCAAUCCUCCUACCAAAAACAAAGCAGAACUAUUAUAUGAUGAUGAAAAUUUAACUUCAUUUGGAAUCACCUCUGUUUUGACACUGUUCAGGUCUCCAUCUCAGCCUAGGGGAUCUUCUCCAAAACCUCUCAGGCAACGUAUUAAAAAACUUGAGGAAGAAAGUAAAUUUAAGAUGAAGCAACCCUUAAUCAGGUCUCAGUUUGCAUGUACAUAUAAAGAUGACUUGACUAAGAAGAAGAGUCUGCAUUUUUUCAGUAGCAGCAAAAGCCCAACUUGCAUACACCCAGCACAAAAACAAGACCCCGUUCUCCCUCUAAAAGAUGAACCUUUUGCAGCUGAAGGUAUGAAUUCAGAUUUUGAAAGACAAGCAUUUGGAACUAAAUCUGAAAAUAUUCACCAGAAUGGAAGUAAAAGUAAAAAAGAAGAUGCAAAGCUGAGCUGUCAGCUAAGAAACAAGAGCACAAAGAGGAAACAAGUGGAUCUGAAUAAAGAAGUCAUCUGUAAUAAUGAUAAUGAACCAUCUCAGGAUACAAAUAUUAAGAGACCUAAGACUUCAAACAACCCUCAGAAGAAAUUGGACAGCAAAUUGGAUAGAGCAGGAAAAAGCAACAAAACUACAGCCAAGACUAAAUUGAUUGCUGGUCAGGCAAAAUUAACUCAUUUUUUUAGAUUAUGAAUCUUAUUUUUAUUUUGACAUAUAUAAUUGUUUUACUAUUACAUAAUAAACAUGGUAAGUUUUGCAAGAA